AGCCGCUUCGUAAUCGGAAUACAAUGUAGGUUGUUGCUGUGAAAUUUUCGUCUUCACUUUAACAGGGAUGAGUUUGCAGUAGUGAGCUCAGAGAUAAGAAAUUGUCUGUGAAUUGUAAAAGUAGCAGUGUAAAUCAUUAUAUUUCACGCAAAUAAUGCGAAGGGUUACGCUUUUUGUCAAUGGGACCUCCAAAAACGGCAAGGUUGUAGCAGUGUACGGGACUCUGUCUGAUCUCUUAUCCGUUGCCAGCAAUAAACUGGGAAUCAGGGCCACUAAUCUGUACAAUGGGAAGGGCGGCCUGAUCGAUGACAUCGCCCUAAUUAGAGAUGAUGAUGUGUUGUACGUGUCAGAGGGAGAUGCCUUCGUGGAUCCUCAGAGUGAGGGAAGGGCUGCUGAUGACCGCUCAGGUUCCCAGAGCGACUGGCUGACUCUGAAUAUCGGCGGGCGGCUCUUCACAACCACACGGAGUACGCUUGUGAGUAAGGAGCCUGACAGCAUGCUGGCCCACAUGUUUAGAGGGAACGAUGUGUGGGGUAACAAGCGAGAUGAGCGAGGCGCUUACCUCAUCGACCGCAGUCCUGAGUACUUUGAGCCCAUCCUGAACUACCUGCGACACGGCCAGCUUAUUGUCAAUGAAGGAAUUAACUUACUAGGUGUACUGGAAGAAGCUCGUUUCUUUGGAAUCGAGCAACUCGCUGAGCAGAUAGAAGUUGCCAUUAAGAACUCCCAUCCCCCCGAGGACCACUCGCCCAUCUCUCGGAAAGAGUUCGUACGGUUUCUGCUCGCCACGCCGACCAAGUCAGAGCUGCGCUGUCAGGGGCUGAAUUUCAGCGGGGCAGACCUGUCUCGACUGGACCUGCGCUACAUCAAUUUCAAGAUGGCCAACUUGAGCCGCUGCAACCUCACCUGCGCCAACCUGUGCUGCUCGAACCUGGAGAGGGCUGACCUCUCUGGGGCCAACCUGGAUGGUGCAAACCUGCAGGGCGUUAAGAUGCUGUGCUCUAAUGCCGAGGGAGCCUCACUGAGAGGCUGUAACUUCGAAGAUCCAUCAGGACUCAAAGCCAACUUGGAGGGUGCCAAUCUGAAGGGUGUGGAUAUGGAGGGCAGUCAGAUGACGGGGAUAAACCUGCGCGUGGCUACGCUGAAGAACGCCAAGCUGAAGAAUUGUAACCUGCGAGGAGCAACGCUAGCAGGCACUGAUCUGGAGAACUGUGAUUUAUCCGGCUGUGACCUCCAAGAAGCCAACCUCCGUGGUUCGAACGUGAAGGGAGCCAUCUUCGAGGAGAUGUUGACUCCGCUGCACAUGUCCCAGAGCGUGAGAUAGCCAAUCACGUGGCUCCCGCCUGGGCAGCCUUUCGCAGCUGCUCCGUUACGAAUGUUAACCGCUCCCAUUGGACCCAUAUGCAAUAUCGGCAUUCCAUGUCCUCACCCCACAGCUUUACUCUCUUGCACUAGUGCACAUGCAGGGUGUUUAUUUAGCACAGGUCUCUUGUAGGAUUACAAGUACACAUACAUCAUUGUCCAUUUUGACCAAUUUGUUAUACCAAACCUUAUGUUUAUGUAUGUGUAUUUAUAUUUAUGUUGGAUUUAAUCCACAAUAAGUGUUGGCUUCCCGUAUCAGUGCUAAUGCGCUGCUGCUGAAAAUCCUGUGUAGUCUGGAGGCUUCAAUUAUAUCUGGGGAUACGGAUCCCAAGUGAGUGAAGUUUAGUGAAUGUAUACGUUUCUUAUCAUUAGAUGUGGAAGUCACGAAGGUGAAUGCAACCAAAUACGUGUUAUAUUUGAGUUUAUAACUCUGUCUCAGAGGGUUGGGGUGUAAACAGUAGCCUCUUAAGAAUAUGUGUGCAGAAGCCUGGGAAAACCCUUUACGUGGUGAAACUGGAUUUCUUUGAUUUCUUCAGUCUCAGCGACUCAGUUUUUCCAGGCCGACACACAAAUAUGAAGAGGUUUCUGCUAUGGUAAUUGCAGGAAUUGCUAGAGUUUGACUCUGAAAUCUGAAGGAGGAGUUACUUUUAAAGCUCUUGUGCUUUGCUUUAGCUUUUCCGCACCAUAUCGUAUCACGUAUGCAUGCUUAACACGACAAACGUAUUGCUACCCAUAUACCAUAUAUAAUAGCUGACAAGCUUAUCAAACUAUUUUAAGGUUAGGUAUAAAAUUACAUAUGCAAUAUAAAUGUAUGUUUAUUAGCUCCCUGUGUGCACUGUUCAAACAGAAACAGGAUUUUUAUUUCAGAUCUACCUCCCACACAAAACUGACUUUCGCUCUCGUCAGUCCUUUGGAUUUCUUUCAAAUCCUCAUGAGAAGGCUUGAAUAGAUAGAAAUGGGGAUGUUGAAUGAAAGACGGUUUACCAAAAUGCAGUCGUGCCUAACACAGUGGGUUUUUUUUUUUGUUUGUUUUUUUAAAAAGAUUGUGUACAACCAGUAGCAAAAUCACACUGGUUUGAAUUCGUUCAUUGUAUUAUUGUGCGAUUGUUCAUCAUCAAACAUCUCACGAUUCCUUUUUGUUAUUCAUUUUUUGGAAAUUGUUUGACACCAAAAAGGGUUAAAAGGGUGCUUUACUUCAUCCAGUGCUUCCCUAUGCAUUAGUGUAUAUAUACAAGCUGUCGUUCCCUACUUAGCACUUUUAUGUAUCGCUUCUUUGUUGUAGUACAACAUAACAGCCCCCAUUUCAUGUGUUGCCUGUAUCAUUAAUAUCGACCCAGAUUAUUGCUGCGUGGUCAAACACUUGACCGGUUCAGCUGGAAAUAAUUUCUGACAUGAGCUUAAAGCUAAUGAUAUACAAUAUGCUGUUAUGUCUCUUAGAUGUAAUCAUAGGUACUUAUUAAAUGAAGGCAAUCAGAAGCAGACUUUUGCACUUUUGAGUGCGAUUCUCUGAUUAUCAGACCCUCACAGAAAGGGCACACGCUAUUUAUUUAUGUAUGUAAGCAGGCUGUGUUUAUGUAAGGUGUAAGAGAAGAGACGUCUUCUCCUCUCGCCUCACUGUUACGGAACUAUAUUUCCAUAAACAGACUGUUAUAAACAAA